AUUAAAUUUGAAUCAUAGCGUAUAGUAGUGGAAUAGAAAAUAAAGUGAAAAUUAUCUUAAUUAAGAGUGCCAAAUAGUAUUAUCCAGAAGUAUUUAAAAUUUUACAUUUUCUAAAAAAAAAAAAAGGAUAUUUACAGAUUUGCAAGUGUUUGUUUACAACUCCAAAAAAAAAUAAAAAACAACAACUAAAUGAUGUUUUAUAUUAAUAAUUGAUUUUUGUUUUGUGUAUUUCAAAAUAAUAAUAAACAACAAAGGCAGUUAAUAAAAGGAAAACAGUUCGCAUGUAAAACACAUUUAUUUAAGUACAUUAAGUACGUUUUUUCGCGUUUAAUUUACAUUUCCAUUACAACGCGUAGUGUCUUGCCAAUAAACCUUGUCUGAGCGUGUGAGUGAAUAAAUAAAUGAUUCAUUUGUUAAAUAGUUUUUUUUUUUUUGUUAACGUUUUAAACUUGUGUAAAUACUAUUAAGAGAUUUUUUUGCCUUUGGCUUUUGUUGUAUUACAGUGUUAUUAAUUUACAUAUUCUGUUACCCUUUAAUAAUUAACCGUAAUUCUAACAACUGUGCCACUUCCUGACUAAAGAAAGUAACAAAAAAAAUACGUUAAGUUAAUAAUAACAAACAUUUAACUAAAAGGAAUUAAGAAAGAAUAUAACAAAGCAGAAGCUGUUACUAUAGUAACCGAAUUACAAGAAAAGUAAACAGCAUCAACAUCACAUCAAUAUCAGAAUCAACAUUAAAACCUGCACAGAUAGCAAUUGUAGUAGCGUUAGUACGAAUACCACCAACCUGCCAAGCAGUCGUAGGAGCCAAACAGCACGAGCUCAAAAUUAAAAAUUUACAUAAAUUAAAUUAUUAAAUUAACAACAACAAACAUUUACCCACGCUACUAAAUACUACAAAAAGAACGCCUAUUUUCGCAAACACUUUGGGUAUAAUAAAAUUACUGCUUUAAAAUGGCCAAGGAGUUACGUACAUUGGGUUGGGAUUAUCUGAUGUUUGUUUUGUUUAUCGCAUUUACUGUCUUCACACCACUAUGGAAACGUCUAUUUGGUAAAAAGAAACAACACAGUAAAGCCGAUUAUGUUUUUGCAACAGGAGGCGUUUCUAUUAUUGCCGUAAUGAUUUCAAUUUCCAGAGGAACACUGGGCGUAAGAACUGUUUUAGGUUAUCCCAGUGAAUUGUUCUAUCGCGGUUCGGGCAUGUGGGAAAUUAUCUAUGGCAUGGCCAGUGCAUAUCCCUUGGUAUGCUUUAUAUUUGUACCAGUUUAUUUUAAUUUGGGUAUCACUUCGGUGUAUCAAUAUAUAGAUUUAAGAUUCAAAUCACGCAUGGUUCGCUGCUUAGCAUCAUUCACUUAUAUAAUACGUCAAAUGUGUUCGCUCGGUGUCACCGUCUAUACACCCAGUGUGGCAUUAUCUACAGUUAUUGGAAUACCGUAUUGGGCGUCCAUUUGUUGUAUGACAACAAUAUGUGUAUUUUUCUCAAUCAAGGGUGGUCUUAAGGCAGCCAUAAAUGCUGAUGUUAUACAAACUGUCACAGUUAUUAUUGUCUCCAUAGCUAUUAUUAUUAAAGGUACCAUAUUUAGUGGUGGCGUGAAACGAGUUUACGAUAUAAAUCGUAAUGAUGGACGUUUGAGUUUCUUUAAUUUUACCGGUGACAUGACGGUAAGAGUCGAUACAACUUCUGCAUGGUUGGGUCAAUUGUUCGUAUCGUUAUCACAAUUUGGAUGUCAACAGAACUUUAUGCAACGUUAUGUUAGUUUGAAAUCAUUAAAGGAAGUUAAACGUGCCAUGAUGUCCAACAUACCAAUUAUCUUUGUAUUUUUCUCACUAUCCUGGAUAACCGGUUUGGUUAUAUACUCUUCCUAUGCCGACUGUGAUCCCCUAAAAGAGGGCUAUAUUCAAAAGGCUGAUGAAAUUUUACCCUUCUAUGUUGAGGAUCAAUUAGCAAUAAUACCCGGCUUUUUGGGAAUUUUCAUGGCCACCUUAUUCAAUGGCGCUUUAUGUAUGAUGGUCUCUAAUUUAAAUUCUUUGGCCACCGUAAUAUCUGAAGACUUUUUGACAUUGUUGCCUAAAUUUAAGAAUUUACCCGAUAAACAACAAUUGAAUGUUAUUAAAACGGUUACUGUAAUAUGUGGCAUCAUUAUAAUGGGGGUGGCAUUUUGUGUUGGUUUCUUUUCGGGUGUAAUUGAAUCAUCAAUGAUGGCAUUCUCAGCAACAUCCGGUCCAUUGUUGGGUUGUUUUAUUUUGGCUAUGCUUGUGCCAAUUGCAAAUUGGAAGGGUACUUCCGCUGGUAUGAUUUCCGCAUGUGCCAUUGUAUUAUGGAUUGUUACCGGCUCCGCUACCGUUGAUAAUAGUGCAAGUAAUCAAUUUCUACCAACAUCCACAGAGGGAUGCUCGAAUUUCACGUUUUCCCAAUCAAUACAUAAACCAGGCGAAGAAGAAUUCUCAUUUUUACCCACUUCAUCGUCGUGGUUAAUGCAACAUACAGCCAAUAGCAAUGGUAUUGGUGGAUACAGUGGCAUGAAUACCAAUUACACCAAGUUAAAUGAUACGUUGAUGUCAUUGUGGGCUACAAAUAAUACGGCUGGUUUAGAAGCAGGAUCAACAACAGCAGCUGUUGAAGAACGCACACCAUUGCAGUAUAUGUACUCCAUUAGCUAUAUGUAUUACAGUCUCAUAGGAACAGCGCUGACAGUACUUAUUGGUAUCAUAGGUAGUUAUUUGACACAAGACCCUAAGGACUGUUACGAUGCGAAAUUACUGCAUCCACUUGUGUUUAAAUUUAACCAACGUUUUACGGGUGAAAAACCCUACUAUGUCAAGGAGAUCGAAACGAUUGCUGUUGGCUCAAAUGGUAACAUAAGCACCAAUGGUGGUGGUAGUGGCAAUGGUGCCAAAAUUAAUCAUGCUUUUGAGGCUCAAAAUGAAACCAAUAUUAUAAUUGGUGCUGGCACAAAUGACAAAGAGAAAAAUCCCAUGAAUGUUGUGUUCACCAAAACCUUUAACGCUACAAAAUCUUCACCAUCAUCACCCACACAUGUGACUGCAACAACUGCCUAUCCAAUUGCAACAACAGCAAAUACAACUAAUAAUACAACUGUAACAAAUGUAAAUUGUAAUUCCGAAAUAGAAAUGCCAAAAAUACAAAAUAUAUUUUCAACGCCAUCCUCAUCCUCAGAUAAUACGUUGACAACAAACGAUGUCACUGGGUCAUAUCGUCAAAUUACAGAAAAGGAAAGUGUAUGAUUAAUAACAGCAAUAACAAAAACACCAUAUAAUAAUUAACCACAGAAAUAUUUUUUUCUAAAUGAAUCUCUUUUGAAUAGAAAAAGAAAUACUUUUAAAAUAAUAGUGACUUAAGCAGAUUUACUUAAUACGAAUAUAUUUUUUUUUAGUUUAUUUGUUAAGAAAACUAAACAUAUUCCCAGGAACAAUUUUAGAAUUAGCUCUAAAUAAACUAAUUUUAAAACGAAUAUUUCAGAUUCUUGAAAAGCAAUUUUGGAACCCAUUCUAUUGAAGUAAUAAAAUACUUAUAAAUAGUUUUUUAUUAGUUUAUAUUUUGGUACUAGUGCUAUAUACGUUAGAUCUAGACUAUAUAUUUCAAUUGAAACAUGAUAUUUCAGAAACAACUCCUUUUAAAAUUGAUUAUAAAAAAAUCAAUAUAAAAAAUUAAAUAAACUUGAUUUAUCAACUGAACUAGUAAAUGAUAAUAAUUCACCAACUGGUUCUCAAAGUUGGUCCAAAUUUUAAAAAUUUCAAAACAAAAUUUCUGAAAAAUUAACUACUUUUAUAACUGAUACCAAAAAAGUGUUCCCCAACUUUUAUGUGGAACUAGUUUCGAGAGUAAAGAUUUCAAACAAUUGUCAAUUAAAUCAUUAGUUUCAAAAUCCUUUUAAAGAAUGAACCAGUUCUUUAAGUGCGUUUUAGAAGGAGUUGUGGAACUAAUUAAAAUUUUCCUGGGUUUUAGCUGUUUAAUUAUUAUUUUGCCUAAUAUAGAUUUAUUUAUUGAAAAAAAGAAACAAUUUUGAUAUUGUCUUAGUUUAAGUUGACACAUCUUCCGACAAAUGCUUAAAAGUCGUUACAUGCUGAUAUGUCAUCAAUUACGUGUCAUUAGUACAUAAGUUUUAUAAGCACAAAAUAGAAAAACACAAUAAAUUAUUUAAAAUUUCAUAUUAGUUUUUAAGAGAGUGACGAUAAAGACACUGUGAUCAUAAUACAAGUAUAAUCUAGUGUAUUUCGUUUUUUUAAGAAUUCUAUAUAAAUGUGAAGUAAAAGACAAAUGAAAAAAUAAACACAAAUAAUAAGGGUAUUCACAGAUUAUUAUACUAUACAUAUAACGCACACAAGAAAUAUUUAAAUAUGUUUUAUAACCUAUAAAGAAUUGCGUCAAAAUGUUACUUUAUCUUUGUUAAUCACUGUAAACGUGAUCUGUACAAUUAUUAAGAAUACCCAUUAAAUAUACAAAUAUAUUUUUAUAAUAUGUAUUUUUUUUUAAAUUAUAUACAAAAGUACAGAGUACAAUAUAAGUAUAACUUUAAAAAUAUCUUACUUAAAGAGAAAAUAAAGUCCUAUUACAAUAAGAUAA